ACUGUCAAAGUUUCAAUUUUUUACAACACAGCAAUAGUUUCAAGCUUUGUUUAUAAAUCUAUUUAACAUGGAUUUAUUAGAUAAUGAGAUCAGGCAGUGGGAUGCCAAUGACGUGAAGGAACAAUUUGGUGAUAAUCUCACGUUGUUGCCUUUAAAUGACAAUAUAAAGGAGUUGCAGAGGAUUUUACGGGACAAAAACACAUCCCGCAGUGACUUCAAGUUCUAUGCAGACCGCCUCAUCCGCCUUGUGAUAGAGGAGAGUUUGAACAAGCUGCCCUUCACUGAUUGCGAAGUUGUCACACCUACUGGAGCACUGUAUAAGGGACUGAAAUAUGGGGCGGGAAACUGUGGUGUAUCUAUUGUUAGGUCCGGAGAGGCUAUGGAACAGGGUCUCCGCGACUGUUGCCGGUCGAUCCGCAUCGGCAAGAUCUUGGUGGAGAGCGACACGGACACACACGAGGCGCACGUCGUGUACGCCAAGUUCCCCGAGGAUAUAUCUCGAAGACAAGUGCUGCUCAUGUAUCCUAUCAUGUCCACCGGGAAUACUGUUAAACAGGCUGUAAACGUAUUAACCCAGCACGGCGUAAAAGAAGAGCGGAUAAUUCUAUCCAACCUAUUCUGUACGCCGGCAGCCGCACAAGCAGUAGUAGACUAUGUUCCUAAGAUGAAGAUCUUGACCUCCGAGCUGCACCCCGUGGCCCCCAACCACUUCGGACAGAAAUACUUUGGAACCGACUGAUAUGAAAACUCCCAAGAGUUUUAGCAAGUACUUAUUUAAUUUUUAAUUUACUUUUUAUUUUAUUUUAGCGAAGUCAUGUAUUUAGUCUUUAUUUUUAUUUCGUUGUAUUUGUUGCCAGUUUAAAAUUUAAAACAGAUAUGAAUUGAAUAAUUUUAGUAUAAUUUGGUUUUUAAGGUAGAUUGUUGAUUGAAUUUAACAGGCAUUUCAGUGUGUAAGUCAAAGGACGAAUAUUCGAUAUAUGUAUUUUUGUAACUGUCUCCUGACGUACGCGAUGAAGUGCUAGGAUAUUUUGAGCUACGUGCUUAUUUAGGUUCAUACUUAUGUAUCAAUUAAAAUCUUAUAAUAGUAGGUACAAAAUAUAUCCAAUCAAAUUGAUAUUCUAUGAAUAAUAUCUUUCCUACGUGUUCUUACCAUAUUAUCAUAAGUACUUAAUUUGUGUUGCCAAUUACCGCAGUUUGUACUAAAAAAGCUUAAAUAAUCCAAAUGACUAGCUCUAGUAUUAAUGUAAGUGAAAUCGAUCUAUUUAUAUCUGUUAGAAUAAAUGCAUUUGUGAUAUUGCAGAGUUGCUUGUAUGUUAUAAUUUUAGUUACAAAUUUACUAAAUUGUAAAUAAAAUCAAAUCAAU